GGGGAGGCACAUAUGGCCAUCGCCGUGGUUAAUGUAGUUUCUGUAGUUUCCUUUGUUUACCUCAGUUCCUCCGAUAUGCGGUUAAAACGCUCUCGCUGACUAAGGACGUUCACAUUUUCCACUCCUCUCAGCUUGAUGAGAAGUCGGAAGAAUGAUCGCAUCCCUGUCUAAAGGAAAUCUGCUUGACGUGCUGCAGGAGGGUCCUAAUGAGCAGCAACUGGCUGCCUAUGUGUCUUGGGUUAAUGCACAGCUGAGAAAGAAGCCUGGACUGAAACCUGUGAGUGAUCUACGGCAGGAUCUCAGAGAUGGUGUGGUUCUAGCACACCUCAUUGAGAUAGUGGCUGGUGAGCUGCUGGAUGGCAUUCAUUAUGUGCCACGUGAUGACCAGGAGAGGAAGCAGAAUGUGGAGAAGGUUCUGCAGUUUGUAUCAUCCAAACGGAUCAGAAUGCCACAGACGUCUGCCAGGGACAUUGUGGAGGGUAACCUCAAAUCUGCCAUGAGGCUCAUACUCGCUCUAGCUGCACAUUUUAAACCCUCCGCUUCGGCCAGUCACAGAGCUGGAGCUGGCGUAGGCAGGAGUUCCACUGGCUCCUCGGCCAAUCACAGACCUCAUUCCACCAUGGCCAUGGCCCAGAAUGCAGCAGCAGCACUGGCAGCAGCCAGGCAGGAUGCCUCUCGGCCUGGCCGCUCCGUUUUUCAUCUAAGGCAAGAAUGGAGUCAUGGCUGCAGUGGCGAGGAGGACAGUGAGAACCCCUGCUGGAGUGUCCGAGCAUUGGUUCAACAGUAUGAGGGACAGAAAGGGACAUUUGAAGAGGAGACGGGAGCAAGAUCUACUUGCCUCAGUUCAUCAAGCCCCACCCACACUCCCAAAGACUCCGUCAGCCUAUCAGACGUGAAGGCAGGACUAUUAGACAUCUUGUCCAGGGAGAAAACAAUUAAUUCAGAGGACACGGUGAAAUUGGCCCUGUGUGACCAGGCCAUUGUCUCGGGGCAUGAUGGUCUAGCUGGUGGCUGCACCUGGGAGGACAAACUGUGUGAGCAGCAGGAGCAGCUGGAGAGGGAGAUGCAGGAGGCGCGGAAAAUGGUGUCUAGCCUACAGGCUCUCCUUCUCCAUGGUUCAUUACCCGAGGAUGAGCAGGAGGUGUCGCUCAGUCUUGGUGAGGGAGUUGAAAAUGCGGAGCAGCAACUGGUUGUAAUACGAAGUCGCCUGGACCAAAGCAUGGAGGAGAGUCAAGAACUAAAGAGGGAGCUAUUGAGGUUCAAACAGGAGGCUCGCAACCUGCAGGGGGUGAAAGAUGCUCUUCAGCAGCGUAUGGCUGUGCAGGAGUCCUCAGUCCUGCAGCUCAAACAGGAACUCCUGCGCACCAGUAUUGCCAAAGAUGAGCUGGCGGGACAAAAUGCCGAGCUACAGAGGAAGCUAGAGGAGCGGAACAGGCUUCUUAGCGAAUAUAAGAAAGAACUGGGCCAAAAGGAUCGGCUUCUGCAGCAGCAACAGCUGAAGCUGGAUGAGACACUGCGCAAGCUGACAGACAGCAGCAGCCAGCAGGCUUGCCUGCAGAUGGAGCUGGAGCACAAGGAGAGUAUUCUCAAAGAGUUAAUGAGCCAUGAGACAGAGGAGCUUCCUGGCUCGCAAAACAACGGCUAUUCACACCCACCCGUCACAGCAUCAAAACCACACCAUGGGGCUGAGGAGCUGCAGUUAGUAAGAGAUGCUCUCCAUAGUCUGAGGAACAGCUUUGGAGGUCACGACCCUCAACAUCACACUUUGGACACCCUUGAGCAAGGUGUGGCCAGCCUGAUGGAUCGCCUCUAUGACCUGGAAACACGCCACAAACAGGAGAGGAGGACCCGAGGCAAAUCUCCAGGUCAUAAAGCGUCUCACUCAGAUCGAGACUCCUGGCCUCCUACUUCAAAAAUGGUUCAUUCUCAGAGCAGCCCUGCGUUAAACUCAUCAGCAUGCACCAAAGUCCUGUACUUCACUGACCGCUCACUCACGCCAUUCAUGGUCAACAUCCCCAAGAGGCUUGGGGAGGUCACCCUGCGAGACUUUAAGGAUGCUGUUGAUCGGGAAGGCAAUUAUCGGUACCAUUUUAAAGCACUGGAUCCAGAGUUUGGCACUGUGAAGGAAGAGGUGUUCCAGGAUGACGCAGUGGUGCCCGGCUGGGAAGGGAAGAUCGUGGCCUGGGUAGAAGAGGAUCAUGGGCAAAGAGGGUACUGCACGCAUCUAUACAGCUGGUACCACAUCUGUUUCUCACCAUUUUAAGCUCACUCUCUCUAUUUUCCUCGACAGGACCUAACACAAGUCAGCAAGAAGCUGUCUAAGGAAAUGGAGACGUCUGUGCCAAAAUGAAAUAACAUUGAUUUGUAACUCAAGUGUACAGAGGAUGGAGCUUUAGUGCCCUAAGAAAGUCCCACCCACCUUUACUCUAUCCUGCAUGAGCUGAACAGCAGAAUGAACCUGAAAGGAUGUGGAGGAUCAUCGUAAGGAGCACCAGAUGGAGAAAGUCCCAUCUUGCGUCCUGUCCAGACCAGUAUUACUCAAACAUAACUAUACAGAGGAUGGGAGGACAGGAUUUCUGAUCUCUUUUAGAGGUCUUGCCAUAGAACAGACACCCAUUCAAAUGCUUUACUAGCAGACAAACUCUUCACUGUGACGGAGGAGCCUUUUGUUCAGUUCACCUACUUUAAAGUAGGUUCUGCCAGAGUACUUUUUGUUUAUUUCGAUGAACCAAAAUUGAAUUUUUUUUUUGCUGUGAAUAGAGAGAAGUAGGUAAUCUUGACUGUCAAGAGUACUUGUGUGAAUGUGGUUAUGAAUCUUAAGAAAGCAGCAGUAAAAGUAUGCAAGUAUAGAGCAGAAAGGAGUUUGACAUCUGCUGUUACCUUGCUGUGAGAUCUUAGAUAAAGAGUUUCCCUAAAACAUACGUUAGACACAUUCUUUAUGAAAUUCUGCAAAAAAGACUAAAUCUUCUCCAAGGACCAAAGUGUUUUGCUUGUUUGAUAUAAGAUGUCAUUCAAUAAGUCUUUUUUAAGAGAGCUAUCUUUCAAAUGUUAACUAUCAGAUGUGCCGUUCCGCUGCACUGAUUUGAGUUUACAGGAAAGUGCCUGGAAUCUGCUAAGAAAGAGAGGUGGCCGGGGUUUGCCUUUUGUAUUUUUGUUCUGUCUUAUAUUUAUGUAAAUAUGUUAAUAUUUCAGAGAUGGAGCGAGGCAUAGUGCCUUUACACUGUAUAAAUGAUGUCCUAUAAAUACUGAAUAAUAUUUUAAAGAUGAAAAUGUCCUCUUUGUAUCCAAAAAAGGCACAUAAUCACUCUCAUCAGAGAAGCCUGUUGCUAACAAGAACCGUAUUGAUGGUGAUACAAGCGACUGUAUGCCAUGACUGAAAUUCUGCUUUACACUCCUGAUUACUGCUGGUUGCAUUGCUGGUUUAAGAAGAAUGUUAUUUGGUUUGCAAAUAAACAGUUUGAAGCAGUAUACACUAUG